CCAGCCCCGCAGCAGCAUUAGGAGGAGGAGCCGCCGGAACCGCCUCCCGUAGUCGCCGAGUGCGGGGAGCCGCCGGAGCCGCUGCCCCGGGUGGCUCAUGAGCGCCGGGCUGCGGCGCCGCCGCUGCCUGCCGCCGCUCCGCGGGUGAAUGAACCUGUCCCGGCCGGAGACGGCGGCUUCCCCUCCGGCUGCGGCACCGGCCUCCCCCCAGACAAAAUGGACGGUUUCGCCGGGAGUUUGGAUGACAGCAUCUCAGCUGCAAGUACAUCUGAUGUCCAGGACCGUCUUUCAGCCCUGGAGUUGAGAGUGCAGCAGCAAGAGGAUGAAAUCACUGUGCUAAAAGCAGCUCUGGCUGAUGUGCUAAGGCGUCUUGCUAUCUCUGAAGACCAUGUAGCUUCUGUGAGAAAAUCAGCACCAAACAAAGGUCAGCCAAGCCUCCGAGAAGCUAUCUCGAUGUCUUGUAUAACUAAUGGGAGUACAGGAAGCAGGAAAACAAGCCACAGUUCCUCUGUUUCUGUUGCCAGAAAAGAAACUCUUUCAUCUGCUGCUAAAAGCGGUACAGAAAAAAAGAAGGAAAAGCCUCCAGGACAGAAAGAAAAAAAAGAGGAAUCUUAUUCUAAUGAUCAAAGUCCACAAACUCAAGCAUCACCUUCUCCCCAGCCCUCCUCACAGACUCUCCAAACACACAGGCAAACUCAAGAAAGCAAGAGUUCUGCUCCAGCUAAAAGCAUAAAGAAAUCCUUGAUUGCUGAUAAACCUCACAGUGCCUGGGAGAGUCCAGAUGACAGUCGUAACAAGCUACUGAGGGUAGCAUCAACAUCUAAAUUAGUAUCAAAAGUGGCAAAGAAUGCAGACAAGCACAAAGAUGUUAUCGUCAGCCAAGCAAAAAUGUCAACUCGUGAAAAAAACAGCCAAGAGGGAGAGUAUAUCAAGAUGUUCAUGCGGGGUCGACCAAUCACAAUGUUCAUUCCUUCUGAUGUAGAAAACUAUGAUGAUAUUAGGACAGAGCUGCCUCCUGAAAAGUUAAAACUGGAGUGGGUAUAUGGGUAUCGUGGAAGAGACUGUCGAGCCAAUGUUUACCUCCUUCCUACUGGUGAAAUUGUAUAUUUCAUAGCAUCAGUGGUGGUACUAUUUAACUAUGAGGAAAGAACUCAGCGACACUACUUGGGUCAUACAGACUGUGUUAAAUGUCUUGCAGUUCAUCCAGACAAAAUUAGAAUUGCAACAGGACAGUUAGCUGGAGUGGAUAAAGAUGGAAGGCCUCUGCAGCCCCAUGUUAGAGUAUGGGACUCUGUGAGCCUGGUGACACUGCAGGUUAUUGGCCUCGGGACUUUCGAGCGUGGAGUGGGGUGUCUGGAUUUCUCAAAAGCGGAUUCUGGUACUCAUUUGUGUGUAAUUGAUGACUCUAAUGAGCAUAUGCUUACUGUAUGGGAUUGGCAGAGGAAAUCAAAAAUAGCAGAGAUAAAGACUACAAAUGAAGUUGUUCUUGCUGUGGAAUUCCAUCCAACUGAUGCAAAUACCAUAAUAACAUGUGGGAAAUCUCAUAUAUUUUUCUGGACCUGGAGUGGCAAUUCAUUAUCAAGAAAGCAAGGAAUAUUUGGGAAAUAUGAAAAACCCAAAUUUGUUCAGUGUUUGGCUUUCUUGGGAAAUGGUGAUGUGCUCACUGGAGACUCAGGUGGGAUAAUACUCAUCUGGGGCAAAACUACUGUAGAAUCUGCUCCAGGGAAAGGCCCAAAAGGAGUGUACCAGAUAAGCAGACAAAUCAAAGCUCAUGAUGGCAGUGUGUUCACACUCUGUCAGAUGAGGAAUGGGAUGCUGCUAACUGGAGGUGGGAAAGACCGAAAGAUCAUCCUGUGGGAUCAUGAUUUGAAUCCUGAAAGGGAAAUAGAGGUUCCUGACCAGUAUGGAACAAUCAGAGCAGUAGCAGAAGGAAAAGCAGAUCAAUUUUUAGUGGGUACUUCACGAAACUUUGUUUUGCGAGGAACAUUUAAUGAUGGUUUCAUAGUAGAGGUGCAGGGACAUACAGAUGAACUCUGGGGACUGGCAUCCCAUCCUUUCAAAGAUAUAUUUUUAACAUGUGCUCAAGAUAGGCAAGUCUGUAUGUGGAAUUCUGUGGACCAUGCACUGGAAUGGACCAGGCUGCUAGAUGAACCAGGGCACUGUGCUGACUUCCAUCCCAGUGGAGCAGUGGUCGCGAUAGGAACACACUCGGGCAGGUGGUUUGUUUUGGAUGCAGAAACGAGGGAUCUGGUUUCAAUACACACUGAUGGCAACGAGCAGCUCUCAGUGAUGCGCUACUCAGUAGAUGGCACCUUACUUGCAGUUGGAUCCCAUGACAACUUUAUUUACCUCUACAUAGUAACAGAAAAUGGAAGAAAGUAUAGCAGAUAUGGAAAAUGCUCUGGACAUUCCAGCUAUAUUACACACCUUGACUGGUCCCCAGACAACAAGUAUAUAAUGUCAAACUCAGGAGAUUAUGAAAUACUAUACUGGGACAUUCCAAGUGGCUGUAAGCUGAUCAGGAAUCGUUCUGACUGUAAGGAUAUAGAUUGGACAACAUACACUUGUGUGCUAGGCUUCCAGGUCUUUGGAGUUUGGCCCGAGGGAUCGGAUGGGACAGAUAUAAAUGCCCUUGUCAGGUCCCAUAAUCGGAAAGUGAUAGCAGUUGCUGAUGAUUUUUGUAAGGUCCAUCUCUUUCAGUAUCCCUGUUCCAAGCCAAAGGCUCCAAGUCACAAAUACAGUGCUCACAGCAGUCAUGUGACAAAUGUCAGCUUCACUCAUAGCGAUGGUCACUUGAUUUCAACUGGAGGGAAAGACAUGAGUAUUAUUCAAUGGAAACUUGUGGAGAAGGUUACUCUGCCCCAAAAUGACAUUGUUGUAGAUAUCGGUGCAACCAAAGUGCCCAUCCCCGCCAGUGAAAACGCUUUACGGUCUCCUGCACCUCUUCCACAGCCUUUUAAUGAAAUGAACCAAAACGAAAGCGUAACUGGCAGCUCUCCGACGUCUUUGGAGAGCAACUUGGAGCAGUCUGCAGAAGCCAGCGAAGAGCAAAGCGAGGAGCAAAGUGAGGGGAGCAGCCUGGACCCUGCUGAGCCGAGCUACGAGGACCCCUCCAACGAGACGAGUGAGGAGCACAGUGAAUCCACGGUCACUGAAGAGCAGCAGGAUAACUCACCAGAGUCUUAAUGCUCCCAGCUCAGGCAGUUGUUAUUUUCCCUUGGUGUGCGUGCUUUCAUUACAGGGUGAGGGUUCAAAUAGGGAAAAGUAGCUGAGAUUCAUGACCACUCCAGAUUUUGAGUUUCAGUGAGAUUUUUAGUUUGAGCUUCAGUUCGAUGUGUGGAACCAUCCCAAGGGCCCGACUUGAUGGUCUGUGUCAAGAUCUGGUCACAGUUAGUAGUGGACAAUGCCAUAGAUCCAGUUCAGUUCUGAAAUUGCUAUCAGGAAGUGGCAUGAAAUAUAUACUGGAAAAAGGGUUAGCUCUGAGAAUUAGCUGAAGUAGACCACCUUAUCUAUGUGGAAGUGCUUUCUGAAAGAACUAAGCUGAUGGGAAGUGCUGAGCUGUUUUAGCUGGGCAUUACUGUGCUGCUUUUUUCCAGAUGUGAAGACAAGCAACAACA